AUGGUUCUAUUGUACAAGAACAAGGGUGAUAUUCAAAAUUGUAAUAAUUACAAGGGUAUCAAAUUGCUAAGCCACACUAUAAAAAUUUGGGAGAAAGUGGUGGAGAUGAUGGUGAUGAGAGGAGUGUCAAUUUCAGAGAAUCAGUUCGUAUUCAUGUCAGGGUGGUCGACUAUUGAAACAAUCCAUCUUAUGCGGAGACUGGUGGAGAAAUUUAGGGAAAGAAAGAGGAAUUUUUGUAUGGUGUUCAUUGAUCUUGAAAAGGCCUAUGACAAAGUUUUGAGGAAUGUCUUUUGGAGGUGUAUGGAGGCUAAAGGUAUUCUGAUGGUGUAUAUUGACAUCUAUGAUGGAGCUAAGACUUGGGUUAGGACGGUGAGAGGUGACUCAGAGCAUUUUCCUGUUGAGAUGCGACUACAUCAAGGAUCUGAGGAGGUUCCAUGGUGUAUUCUAUUUGCGGAUGAUAUAGUAUUGAUUGAUGAGAAUCGGGACACAGUUAAUGAUAGAUUAGAGGUUUGGAGACAAACUCUGGAGUCCAAAUGGUUCAAAUUGAGCAGGAUCAAGACAGAAUACUUAGAGCACAAAUUUAGUGUUGGGAUGGAUGAAAAGGGAAUGAAAGUGAGGCUUGCCACUCAACCUAUCCCCAAGAGAGAAAACUUUAAAUAUCUUGAAUCCGUCAUCCAGAGUAGUGAGGACAUCAACGAUGAUGUCAUGCAUCGUAUGUGGGCAACAUGGAUGAAAUGGAGGAUUGCCUUUGGAGUCCUGUCUUUUCAUUUAAGCUUAGGAGCUUACAAUAUGAUGGCCAAACUCUUAGAGGAGCAGCUGAAAAGAGGUAUCAUUUGCUCAUCAGCUGGGAAUCAUGCUCAAGGUGUUGCAUUAGCUUCUCAAAGACUUGGCUGA